AGGUGCUCCCUGUGUCUUGGAAUCCUCAACCUGGAGAAGCAUGAGAAAACUAACUAUAAUUGAACAUCUGGAAUGAAUAAAAGAGUGAGAAAUUAUGGAAACAGAGAACCUCACAGUGGUGACAGAAUUCAUUCUUCUUGGUCUGACCCAGUCUCAAGAUGCUCAACUUCUGGUCUUUGUGCUAGUCUUAAUUUUCUACCUUAUCAUCCUCCCUGGAAAUUUCCUCAUCAUUUUCACCAUAAAGUCAGAUCCUGGGCUCACAGCCCCCCUCUAUUUCUUUCUGGGCAACUUGGCCUUACUGGAUGCAUCCUACUCCUUCAUUGUGGUUCCCAGGAUGUUGGUGGACUUCCUCUCUGAGAAGAAGGUCAUCAAGCUGGCCUGUACCGAUACCUUUGUGGUGGAGCUUCUGAUGGUCUCCAACAGUGGCCUGCUCAGCCUCCUGUGCUUCCUGGGCCUUCUGGCCUCCUAUGCAGUCAUCCUCUGUCGUAUAAGGGAGCACUCCUCUGAAGGAAAGAGCAAGGCUAUCUCCACAUGCACCACCCAUAUUAUCAUUGUAUUUCUCAUGUUUGGACCUGCUAUUUUCAUCUACACUCACCCCUUCCAGGCUUUCCCAGCUGACAAGGUAGUUUCUCUUUUCCAUACUGUCAUCUUUCCUUUGAUGAACCCUGUUAUUUAUACACUUCGCAACCAGGAGGUGAAAGCUUCCAUGAGGAAGUUGUUAAGUCAACAUAUGUUUUGCUGAAUAGAAGAAAGAGAAAAGCAAGACAGGAGAAAGUCCAGUUGAAUUUAGCUAAAUCAUUUCCUCAUUCAUGCAUUGAAUCAGUCAGUCAUUUAGCAAGUAUUAUAAUUAUUAAGCACUUCCCAUUUUCAGGCACUAUUCCAGGCAUAUGAAUGAGACAGGUAAGAUUCCAGGUCUCCUAGAUUUAUAUUCAAGGGGAUAAAUACAGGUUAUUAAAUUUGAAAAACAACUAUAGUUUCAGAAAGAAACAGUGUUCCGUAGCAAGCAGAAAGUGGUAUUAUGCUAGAGAUUAGCUGGGGAGGUGGUAAUUACCUUACUUUUGGUUGUUAAGUGAGGCCUCAAGUGGUGUUUAGCUGAAACCAAUAUGAUUUGAAAGAAACAACCAUGCAAAUAUCUGGGGACAGAAAUUCUAGGCAAAAAGGCUGACUAGUAAAAGAAUCCAAAGAUCUUAUGAGCUUGUUAUAUUUGAUGACCAUAAAAAGGAAGAGAACAGCUGUACUAUAUUUAGUGAAUGUGAAAAUGGCAAAAAUUGAAGUCGAAGAAUUUGGUAGGGGUAAAAUUAUGUACAGCAUUUCAGUCAAUAAGAAGUUCAAUUUAUUCAGAUUUCAAAAGGAGAUUCUUGAAAGACAAUAAGCAGGAGAGUAACUCUAAUGUUUCCUAUUUGACUUAAGGGAAGAUCCUCAAGAUUCUGAUUACAGAACUAUGAGUAGUAAAAUAUCAUUAAGUGGAAAGUGCGUGCUGCUAAGUAUUUUUUACUUAUGUCAACACUUAAAAGGUCUAGUUACUUUUUCUAAUUUGAUAGAGAGAGAAAAUUAAAACUGUUAUAUUUUAUCAGAAACCGUGAAAAGACAAUUUAGCUAUAUAUUUCAAAGUUUUGCAGAGAUUUCUGCUUAUUCCUAAUGGGUAUUUUUUAAACAUUAGAUAAAAACUUGAGUUCACUUACAAAUUAUUUCACCCUGAAUGCAAUGAUCAAUAGUUAUAUGUAAUACAAGUUAUUAUUUAGAUAACUAAACCACUCUGAUUAUUUGAAUAAGCAUAUAUAAGGCAUUAGAUACUUACAAAUCAUUGAAGAACUAUAAGACCAGGCUGUAGACCUGGCUUACUAAAAUAAAUUUCUAAACAUUACCAAUAAAUUGGUCUAUAUAAGGAGUAACUGUCCCCACAGCAAUUAUGAAUGUAGGGAACACAGAAAUCAUUUUUUAACUGCCAGUUCCACGAUUACAGCAUUUGAACCAUCUGCCUAUGAUCAGGAAAAUACUCAGUAUUGCUCUAAUCCUGUUAGACAUCCCUACACAAAAUGGAAACCUUAACAUUUUGUAAUAUCUAUUACCACUUCCUUCAUUUCAUUUUUUAAAUUUACUUUUAAAACUAUUAUUAUUAUUAUUAAAGCCUACAUAACUCAGUGGUCUCUCAUCCAAGUAUUAACCAGACCCAAUCCUGCUUAGCUUCUGAGAUGAGACACGAUCAGGCACAUUCACUUCCUUCACUUCUAAAUUUUAAUCUUUCAUAAGUGAAUUAGAAGUCCUGAGAAUAUAUCAGAGACUGAUUUUAAACCUGGCAAUCUACGAAUGAGCCAGAGAUUGACUGAGUCCUAUGAAACCUGAAAAUCAGCUUCAACUCCACAAAACCUUUAUUUAAAUUAAGGCAGGGCUUCUUAACUUCGGCACGAUUGGCAUUUUGGACAAAAUAAUUAUUUGUUGUAGGAGGCUGCCCCAUGCAUUGUAGGUUGUUUAGUAGCAUUCCUGACCUCUACUUACUAGGUGCCAGGAGCAUUUUCUUAGUGUAACAACCAAAAAUAUUUCUACAUAUUGCCAAAUGUUCCCUAAAAGGUAAAUUUUUUACAAUGAGAAACACAGCAUUAAGGGGAUUUACUUCUAUGUCCAUCUUGUAAUGAGGUGUGUGAACUUUCUUUGCAGGAAGUAACAUGAACUGGAGCCUAUACAACCUAUAAUUUUUAAUAAACAAUAUCCAUAAUUUAAUAAAAAUCAUAAGAAACACCAGAAGAGUGAAAAAAAUUUUCAAAAUAAAGAAAAAAGAUAAAUAAUUGGAAUAUAAUCAGUCUACCCAGAGUAUGAAAGUGAAUAACAGUAACAUUAUAAUAACCAUGACUAGUAUGUUCAAGACAGUAGAAGAAAAGAUGUAAUAAAUAGAUAAAAGGAUAGCAAAUUUCACCAGACAGUUAGAAUCCAUAAAGAGAAGUAAAUGAAAAUUGUAGAACUAAAAAAUUUUGAAAUUAAAAAUUCAUUAGAUGAGUUUAAAAUCAGAUUAAACACAGGAGAAGACUACAGAGUGUGCUGGAAGUUAAAUCAAUAAAAAUACUAAAAUUAAGAAUGC